AUGUACCUGUACUUUCCAGAGCAGCUGCAGACUCAGAGUAACACGCCCAUAGUUGUGCAAGUGGUCAAACGAUUGGUAGAACCUUUCCGCGGCCAAGGCCGGACUGUUCAGCUGGACAACUCGGCGAGGAUGGAGGGCAGACUCAAAACAAUCCUCUCUGAAUUACAGAUUAAAAUUCAAUUGCCACCAUCAGAUAAAAAGCAAACGAUAUCCCCGGCAUCAUCUUCAUCUCCGUCUAAAACUUCAGAGGAGUCAAAGUCAGAACUCACAGCCCACCUUCAGGGCUGGAGUGGGCCUGUUCUGCUCCCUCUGUCAGACCUGAGUGGAUCUGGGGCAGAUGAGUUCAUGCCGGGCUUUUGGGCGGCCCUUCACACCGUCUGCAUCAACACGUUUGUGCUCCACACUCUGCAGAGACGGGCCUCGGGCAGGACGGUUCCUCUGCCGGGGUACAGGGCUCCGGCCUCUCAGCUGGCCGCAGACAGCAGCAUGGCUGUGCCCGUCCUGCCACGACUGAACUGCUGCUCCAACCAGGGAACCACAAAAGGUCAGUCACGUUUGUCAAACACAAAUGGCUGUUUUCAGAUGGAGGGCACGAGCUACAACCUGAGAAGUAGGCAAUGCACGCCAUCGAACAAGCAGGGCAAACCAGGAGUUGUUGGGUUAGACAACGUCGGCAAUUCGUGCUACUUCAAUGCUGUGAUGCAGUGUCUCUGUUCAACCAUGCCCUUUGUAGAAGACCUCCUCAGUCAGGACACACGCAGAAAGCUGGCAAAGUGCGACUCCAGGAUCGCAGAGGUUUUCAUCCAGCUUCUGGAGGAGAUGUGGCAGGGGAGUAGGACCAGCUGUUCCCCUGUGCAAGUCAUGUCUGCGCUGCCCUCCGUCUUCCCCCAGUAUCACAGCUACACCCAGCAAGACGCACAGGAACUGCUGCUACACCUUCUGGACGGUCUGCACGAAGACUUAAGCAAGAUGCAUUUGUCAAGAAAACAGCCAGGAAAGAAUCAGAGCAGAAGCUCCAAAACUGAGUCCACCAUUGUCUCGGAUCUGUUUGAAGGCCAACUAAGCUACCUGACCAGCUUCCUCCACUGUGGCCACGAGGCGCGCAACCAUCAAACCUUCACCAUACUGUCCCUUCCCAUCCCAAACGACAAGAAGAAGUGCUCCAUUCAGGAUUGCUUAUCCCUGUUCUUCGAGGAGUCAGUCCUGACUGGGGCCGAGCAGAGCGACUGCUCAGACUGUGACCGAAGAAGAGAAGCAACAGUGCAAACUUUCCUGAACAAACCUCCAGAGAUUCUCAUUUUGCACCUGAAACGGUUUGGCUGUAAGGGGAGGAAACAGGUCAAGUUGUCAGCCAAUGUGUCGUUCUCCAUGGAGCUCGAUAUCACUCCGUUUCUGUCCAGCUCGGUGCGGAGACGGUCAUCUUACCAUCUGUAUGCUGUUGUGAUCCACAGAGGAAACCUGGACAUGGGUCACUACACGGCUCUGUGCUACAACUCGGUGCUGGAGACGUGGCAUUGGUUUGACGAUUCCUUCGUCAAGGAAGUGCACGGGAGCGUCGUUCAGUCUCCAGACGCUUACAUUCUGUUCUACACCUGCAAGCCUUUCUAG